ACACUCACUCUCUCUCUCUCUCUCUCUCUCUCUCACACACACACACACAUACAUACACACACACACACACACACACAUACACACACAGAGCAGCAUGGCUAACAUCGCAGUGCAGAGGAUAAAACGAGAAUUUAAAGAAGUCCUUAAAAGCGAAGAGACGAGUAAAAACCAGAUUAAAGUCGACCUGGUGGAUGAGAACUUCACAGAACUGAAGGGGGAGAUCGCAGGACCGCCUGACACACCUUACGAAGGUGGUCGAUACCAGCUAGAAAUUAAAAUUCCAGAAACAUAUCCCUUCAAUCCUCCAAAGGUACGGUUUAUUACAAAGAUCUGGCAUCCCAACAUCAGCUCAGUAACUGGUGCCAUAUGUCUGGAUAUUUUAAAGGACCAGUGGGCGGCGGCCAUGACGCUCCGGACAGUGCUGCUGUCCCUACAGGCUUUAUUGGCAGCGGCAGAACCAGACGACCCACAGGAUGCAGUGGUGGCCAAUCAGUAUAAGCAGAACCCAGAGAUGUUUAAGCAGACGGCUCGGCUCUGGUCACACGUUUACGCAGGUGCACCAGUCUCCAGUCCAGACUACACACGUAAAAUAGACAAACUGUGUGCUAUGGGCUUCGAUAAAAACGCAGUAAUAGUGGCAUUGUCGUCAAAAUCCUGGGAUGUGGAGACGGCAACGGAGUUGUUGCUUAGCAACUGAACCUACAGCACCCUGUUCACCACCCACACCCUUGACUCCGCCCAUGUCCAAGUCGGAUUCACUUCCUGUAUGGAAAUAUUGCACCUUGAUUCCCCACCCAACACACUGCAUUUACGUGUCCCUUCCAUCUUUCUCUCUCUCCAUCUGAAAUUACAGUCUUUUCCUAAACUCUCACUCCUUCAUCUUUCCAUCUUCUCACACUUUUUGUUGUUCUUUUUCACCUUUUUGAGUUAAGUGUACCUUUCCCUCAACAGUAUUCCCUAUUUCUCCCCUUUAUCAUUGUCAUCCUCUGUAUCCUCCUCAUACUGAUCAUGUGAUUCUUACCACAGUGCUGGACAUUCCCAUACUGCUCCCUCCUCCAUUUUGCACAAUCAUUCAAGCUCUUUUAUGUGGAAUCCCAUUUCUACGAUGCCAGUAAAUCAAAUAAAUACAAAUAAAAAAAAAUAAAAAAAUAAAAAAAGACACAAACAUCACUCUCACAUGUGACACAGAUAAUGUUAUCUCAAAAGAUCAAAACUGGAAUACAAUUUAAAAAAAAAAAAAAAAAAAAAAAAGAGUAAGAAAGGAGGUAAACGGAAUCACACUCACUGAACAAAGCAUUGACUGCAGAAACAGCAGAAGAAAGAAACGAUUUCAUCUGUAAAUAAAGCUAUUAAAGUCUGUAUAAAUUAAAGCAAUGUGGCAAUGCUUUUAUUUAUUAUUGUUUUAAGGAAAAGUGAAAUAAACAGAAGAGUUUCGUGGCUAAUACAGCAA